UGGGCGCGGCCCGGAUGAAAAAUUCAAUAAUGUGGCGCGAUCUGCUGAAAAGUUCAUCGUUUCUAUUUGUAGGCCCACAAUGGAACUGCUCCUCUUAUCUAGUCCCAUCGACUCGUCCGCCCUCAGCAGUUCUUCCUCCCCAGUCCCCAUCGCCCCAAUCUCGUCACCAAUGUUACGAUCUCCCGUCGCCGGUGAUCCCAACCACUCUAGACCGAAGAAACAGCCUCCCCGCAAUCUCCUUGGCCCAAUCCACCCAGAUUUUGUGCAGCCGCCAUCUGAAACGCAGCAGAUGCCUAACCCUAGAUCGGUGAUCACCCGACUACUCCCGCGGCCGCCGGGAAUUCUUCAGCCACUUUCCUUGAAUUUUCAUUCGCCGGAGGCCCGGAGCCAGAUCUCCGCAUGUGAACAUUCGAGGGUGCCUACUCCGUCGGUGACAUCUGUGCCACAGUUCAUUCUGCUGGGUUGGGAGCAACUCCUCGGCCUUGACAGAGAAGACGCACAACAUGGAACCUAGAUGAUGUGUUCACCAUGAGCAGGCACUUAUGUCAUGUGAGCAUCCUUCUUUGCUCAUCUUCGUCCUCCAUCAGUACUUUCUUCUGUAUUUUAAUAUUUGGUUAACUCUGGUUGGUGUUUUCCAAUACGACUAUACGAGGUUGUGAGGCGUUGUCUACUGAUGAGGAUCUGCAAGUUGCUGCAAGUGCCCAGUGUCGCUGGUAAGCACUUGGGCAGAUCUCUCAUCGUGAGGGCAAUUUUUUGUUUUUAUUUCUCAAGGUAUUUUCUGGAAGUGCACGUUGUUCUUAAGAUAUCAGAUGUCAAUCCUUAUG